AUGGCUACACCAACUCUCUACUCAUACGAGCCUGUAAAGCCCCAUCAGCUACGACUAUUGAAGUUUGUAGACUAUGGGACAUCUGUUUCGGCUGUUCUCAAAACUUUCUCUCUUCAUCAACCACUCCCGGCGUACGACUCUUUGAGCUACACCUGGACUACUAAUGGAGAUGUCUUGUCGAAAAGCUGGAACUUGGUGAUAAACAAACAACAACUUCCAGUUCUCGAUACAUUACGUCCAUUCAUUGAUGUGUUGGAGUCAAAGGGUCAACUUCUCGAUGAUCGGUGGUGGUGGAUAGAUUCAAUCUGUAUCAAUCAAUCAGAUGUUGAAGAGAAGGCCCAGCAAAUACAACACAUGCAGCACAUUUAUUCUCAAGCUAGCCGAGUCAUUUGCUGGCUUGGAGAAGAAUCAAGCGACAGUAAUAUUGCUAUGGAAUUCGUCAAACAUCUCGACAAGAUGUCCAGAGAAAAAUAUCACAUCGACAAGCUUCGCGCGAUAUUAGAGGCUGAUGAAUACCGUGCUAAAUGGGCAGCACUGGGCAAUCUUCUGUCUCGCAGGUGGUGGUCAAGGAUCUGGACCGUUCAAGAGUUCGUGCUCCCCGCGAGUAUUUCUUUUUGGUGCGGCACACGCAGCGUCAGUAGGGUCGCCAUGUGUCGCAGCAUAAGUACCGCGGACAAGUGUCCCUCGGUCGGCAUAAAAGAGACUCAUGGAUUCAUCAAAGCAAACAACAGACGAAGGGCACGUGGAUUGCACAAGUACACAAGCAGCGAAGGAGUCAAUGUGACCCUGACUCUUGCAGCAUUGGCUGACUAUUUUUCGUGCAUGGAUGUAACGGAUGACCGAGACCGGUUGUAUGGUCUGAUGGGUCUCUCUACUGACAAAUGGCUUCCGGAUGUCAACUAUCUCCUCAAUACUGAAGAGGUCUGCCUACGUUUUGCGCAAGCUUUUAUAACCCACUACAAGUCACUCGAUAUUAUAGCAUUCGUGUCGACUCAAAAAAGUCCAUGCUCAUCCUGGCCGUCUUGGGUACCUAGCUGGCGGAAUGAUAAGGCUCUUGUUGUUCCCCUCAUGGUUAGCCAAAGUUCCAGAACACAAAUUGGAAACUUGCGGACUCCGGCAGCCCUUGAGGUGGAUACAUCGGUUGCAUAUUCAGCCUCUGGGGCCUCGGAAGCUAUCUUCAAAUUUGAAGGUUCGACACUGGUCGCUCAUGGAGUCGUGCUUGAUACUGUUGAUGGUCUAGCCGGAUCUCGCCGCUUUCAAAUGGCCCAAUGUUCUGAAUGGGAACCAGAAAAGGGCAUGGGUAUCUCUUCUUCGCCAACCGAUAUCCUAACGAGCCUGUGUAGAUGUCUAGUGUUGGGUCGAAAAGAUCGAUAUAUGCGAUGUCCCAUGCCAACCGUUGAGUUCUUGCGUGAUUUCUUGCAGCUACUUGCGCCACUCAUAACAGAGACGAAUAUCGAGCCUUCGCUGGAAAUAAAGGAGUGGUUUUCUUGGACAAGGUCUCUCUUAAUCCAGGGGCGCAGCUUUGAGAGCAUGUUGCGCGAGAUGAUACACGCUGGUAUUGACGUCCAAGGUCCAGCUCCAAACCGAGACGAAUAUUAUCACUACACAUUCUUUGGUCGCUUUUUCGAUACCGUGAUAAGAAUGUCGCUUCGUCUGGUAGUAACUCGUCAUAGAUAUCUUGAUAGGUAA